GCGUUCUUCUUUGGAAUCUUUCCAAACCAGAACACAGUCAAGCGGUUACUAUUAUUUAAGAAAAAACCGAUAAAAAUUAGAUUUGAACAACGCUAACGUCAAAUUAACACUGGGUUCCGAAACUAUCCUCCAAAAAUUUGUCAACAAUGAAGUGUUCUGUGAUUGUGAUUGAUUGUUCCAUAUUUACACGUUGAGUUAAAUAAACAUCGAAAAAUAUAGUAUUAUUAAGAUAUCAGCAACUUUAAUCGAAGCACAUUUAUUUACUGUUACCAAAAAAUAUUUACUGUAAAUACUGGGCGUUGACAGUUAACCAAUAAUUGUAAUUAAUAUUCAGAACGUGAAUUUACGAAUGUUGAUUUUUGUGAAAAACUGCAUCAAAUUUCUAAAUAAAUAAAAGAUGCUAUAAAGUACGAUACGAUGGAGGAGUCUAAUAACGAAACAUUGGACCUUUCGAGGCGUGGGUUGAAGAAAAUAGAGAAAGCGCCAACCGAUGAUGGGAAAACUAUAAUAAAUUUAAUUUUGGACCAAAACGAGCUGCAACGGCUGGACAACCUGGACACGUACAGUCGCGUCGAAAACUUGUCAAUAUGCAACAACUUCCUGCUGCGGAUGCAUAGUGUGUCACGCCUCACCAACAUCCGCAUCCUGGCCCUCAACAACAAUGGUAUCCUGCAGAUUGAGGGGCUCAAGGAUCUUAUAUACCUUAAAGUGCUCAAGUUGGCUGGGAACAACAUAAAAUCAAUAGAGCACCUCAACCACAACAUGCAUCUAGAACACCUAGAUUUGUCCAACAACCAGAUUUCCUUCAUCGUUGAUAUCAGCUAUUUGAAGAGUUUAAAGCAUCUAGCCCUCGAACGCAACCGCAUAAUGGACCUCCGGCAAUGCGACCGCUACCUCCCCACCAACUUGGAGCACCUUGGGUUAGCCCACAACAACAUUCAGGACCUCAACGAGGUCUGCCAUUUGGUGCAUCUGAGCAAGUUGGACAGCUUUACUGUGCAGGGGAACCCGUGUGUGGCGAUGGCGGGGAAGGAUAAGCUAGGGUUCGACUACCGUCCUUUUGUUUUGAACUGGAUUCUAAAUGUCAAGACCAUCGAUGGCUUCGUCGUCAGUGCAAUUGAAAGCUUAAAAGCGGAGUGGCUAUACAGCCAAGGUAAAGGCCGACAUUAUCACUCCGGGCAACACCAGGAACUGUGCGAGUACUUGGCCUCUACGUGCCCCCUGACAGCCGAUGCGUUGGACACGGAGGACCAAAGGAAACUGCGACUUAUAUUGAGCAAGGCUCAACAUCAUCAGCAGCAGCUAAAGGACCUAAACCACAGCCCUAUAAAGCCCAAGUUACAAUCCCCGAGAAUGCAAUCUCGCAUGACGCCCCGCCACAUGGGCCGCUCCCCCGACCGUUUGACCUCCAGCUACCACUCCGCGUUGUCCAAAACGAACUCUCCUCAUUGCAUGUCCACGUCCUACGCUGAGAUUCCAGCUGCUAUGAGCCAGAGCUUUGACUCGCCUGGCUUGUAUGAGAAGACUAAAGAGGAGAAAGAGAAAGAACUACCCACCAAACCAGUGAACCAAUCCCUCGAGGCCGCUUCGAAAAUGGUCCCCGUACCAGAAUCCCUCAUGAGCCCCGACUACCAAGACCCCAUAUACGACAUACACCGAACCAUAACCAAACCUAACCCUGUCUCAAACACAUCCAGCCCGUCCAGCAACAGCAGCUUACACGAAGACAGGCCGCACAGACAGAUAACACAACCAAAAGUAAUUAAUAACAGCUUCAAAAGUUCUCCGAAGCUGCCGAAGAGUGCCACUUCGUCGCCUAAGAUGAAGACGAAGAUGGAACAGCGGAAAGGCAGCUUGAAGUUUGAGCCUAAGGAGAAGGUUAAUGGGGUUUCUAAAGAUGAAAUUGAUCAGGAAAAAAUGGAGAUCAUAAAGCUAGCGUCAAACCAAAGAAGACAAAAGAAGAUGAGUGCAGAGUCCAUGGCAGCGGUAACUAUACAGAAGAUGUGGAGGGGCUACAGAAGUAGGAACCUGAAUAAGGAUACGCUGAGGAUCCUACACGCGAUACAGGCGGCGAGGGCGAGGCAGCAUAUACAAAGGCUAACCUGCGACAUGGAGGCCACGAAGGCGGCGCUGGACAGCGAGCGGAAGAUACAGCAGCUGCAGAUGCAGGCCAUCAACGCCCUGUGGAAGAAGGUGUCCACGCUGCAGAGCACGGAGGGCAGCAAGCCGGACGUGCUGCGGCAGCUGACCGACACCUGCUGCAGCCUGCAGCAACAGGUGGUGGAGCUGCAGGGCUGCAUGCAGCAGGUGCUGCGCUGCGUGCUGCCGCCCGCCGCCGCGCCCGCCGCCACGCAGACUGACAUCGUCGCCGUGCACUCCCCACAGGAGGAGCGCUGCACGUGGCUGAAGCGGCCGCAGUCGCUGUCGCUCGCCGCCGCGCCCGCGCCCGCCGCCGCGCCGCCCGCCCUCACCGAAACCGAACAACGAACUAGCGAAGUAGAAAACCUAAACGAGGAAUCGCUCAUACAAGAAUCAGUAGAAGAUACCACGGAAAAACACGACACCAGAGAGGAGCUCAUCGUGGACUGAUGACGAAGGAAAGUCAACUUUAUUACUAGCGUGGUAAGGUUUUACUUGGCUACAGCUUUUAAGGUCACUUGUGCUCUUGCUUGGUCGAAGGGAAGCAGACUUGCUGUCUUUUUCGAAUUACUUUAAGAGGAAAGAGAACGACCCCGUCUUCAUGUAAACGUGGAUUUUCUUUCAAAAAGUUGUAAUCGGAAUUUGAUAGGGAACGGAAUAGUCAGUUAUGUUUUAUUAAUUUAUUCAAUGUCGAAAUGUGUCUUAAUUAUUUAUUUGCCAAAAAAUGUAUGUUAAGUAUUAAGAUCUGAAUUUAGUAGUAUUUAGUAAAGUAUUCAACUUUACUCGAGUGUGAAGCGAAACUGUAAAAAAACUGUUUGUCUUAAGUCGGAUUUAGCAUUUCUUUUAUUGAUUUAUUGAUCAGGGAUCCAUUUUAGUCUCAACCGAUAAAAUGUGAAUAAAAUACCGAUAAUGGUUCAGUAUUGUCACUCUUGGCCAAAAAAGGCCUUAAAUUGUUACUUUCCCGCACUAGUGCGAUAAUUACCACAUUACGUAGAUAUUUCGAAAAUUUAAAGGGCCAUAUGUACUGUGAAGUGUUAUACGAUACAUGUGCGAAUAGGCAAUUACCUAUUUUUCGCACUUGUAUCGUAAUGUACUAUAUCAGUAUACAGAAGCGGAAUCAAGCACGGUUAUAGAACAAAAUUUAAAUAUCGUAAACUGGUACUUUGAAUAGCGGGGAUACAUUGAUAAAUAGGGAGUUGAUUUUAACGCAAGUUUAAGAUAUUUACAGUACAUAUGGUGCUACUUUACCGCACUAGUGCGAAAAUUAGCAUAUUACGUUACUGUGUCGAACAUUUAAAGAGCCAUAUGUACUGUAAAACGUUGUACGAUACAUGUGCGAAUAGGUAAUUCGCAACUCGUGUCGAUUUAAAACACUCCCUUCGGUCGUGUUUUAAUUUAUCGCCACUCGUUUCGAAUUUCCUAUUUUUCGCACUUGUUUCGUAAUAUACUAUUACGUUAUAGUUGGCAAUAUUAACGGAAGUACGUGAUGGAAGCUUUUAGGUCACACUGAGCAACUUUUACUAUGGAAAAAAUCAACUUCGAAAUCGCGAAAAAAAAAUUGUCUCCCGUAGAAAAUGUCAGGGUCAGAGAACCAAAAUGUAUGAACAUUUUUUUUUUGCGAUUUCGGGUUUGGACCCAUCAGUGGCGGAUCGUUCAAAGAACUCGAUUCCCACCGGCUUGUCUAAUUUCAUCCCGUUGAGUACUUUCACGAUCGGUUUAUGGAGAAAAGGAAAGCAAAAUUAGCUCCGGGCUCCCUACGAAUAUUUGUGACGCGCCGCCACUGGGACCCAUAGUAAAAGUUUCUCAAUAUGACCUAUAUAUUCAUACCGUAAAUUAUUGCAGGUGACUAAAUAAACACCCUGUAUUGAAAAAAUCGAUGAUCAAUUUAAAGUAAUCCCAGUUUACUGGUACUUAUGUUAUUUAACUCUACAAAUCAGUUUUUUUAGUCACAAGUCGAAAUCAUAUAAUUUUCUCUUCAAUACAUUAUAAAUAUCACAAAGUUUUGCCUGAGCACAAUUAGCUAUUAAUGUCACUCAAUUUGUAACUUUGCGGCGACGUAAUAAGUGCUAUUUUUAUAAUUUCUGAUAGCUUCGUACUGUAGUAGUUUAUUGACGGUAGCUUUAAGCCACGACGUUAGUAGUAAGUUGUCUGUUGAAAACAGUAGUUUCAUGUAAACCUUGGUUUGGAUAGAUGAAUACUAGGCUUAAGAAAACUGCUGGAUUUUGACAUAUGUAAUUAUUUGUAGAUCUCUUUGACCGCCGAAAAGUCCGAAAACGGCCACAGAUGCGCACGGUUACAACUUAACUAGUGUUGGUCUCGAGAGAGAGACUCGAGUCCUUUGAGUCCUCUGCUUUAAGACUCGACUCAGUUUCUCACUCAUAACUAAGAC